GCUGGCCUCUUGAACUCUGGUGAUGUCAUCAGUUGUUUGUGUGGGGCUGCCGUCAGUCUGUGCGCAUCAACCAAUGGGAUGUGAGGACACAGCGGGAGAGGCGGGGCUAGAGUCGAGCGGAACCGAGUGUUGCCGAACGGAGCCGAUCGGCCAGCGGCAUGGAGGAGGCUGUUGGUGGGUGCAAUGUCCAGGCGGCUGAACCAGCGGCGGUUCCGACGCUUAUUGGCGGUCAGGCAGCGGCCUCUGAGGGCGACAGGAAGCGGGAGCAGGAGAAACUCUCUGGGGUGGUAAAGAACGUCCAUAGAAAGCUGCGCAAGAAAUAUCGAGAAGUUGGAGACUUUGACAAGAUUUGGCGUGAACACUGUGAAGAUGAAGAGACUCUAAGUGAAUAUGCCGUUGCAAUGAAGAAUCUGGCAGACAAUCAUUGGGCUAAAAGCUGUGAGGGCGAAGGAAGGAUUGAAUGGUGUCGAAGUGUUUGUCAAGAAUAUUUUCUGAAUGGUGGAAUGAAGAGAGUACUUGAAAAAGAUGAGAAAAGAGCUCGUCUUGCUAUUGCCAUGGCUACUCCAAUGUUCAAUGUGCAACCAUCUGAAAAGAAAGAUGAUCAUUCUGCCACGAAUGGUGUAGUGAUGGGUCUGGAUGCUGCUAUUGCAAAUUUAGUAUGCUUUUCAGGAAAGAUCAGAUUGCUGGAUGUUGGAAGCUGUUUUAAUCCGUUUUUGAAGUUUGAUGAAUUUCUAGCAGUUGGCAUUGAUAUUGUGCCUGCUGUGGAGAGUGUGUAUAAAUGCGAUUUCCUCAAUCUUCAGUUACAGCAGCCUCUCCAGCUUGCUCAAGAUACAAUAGAUGCCUUUCUCAAACAGCUAAAAAAUCCCAUUGACGCCCUCCCAGGAGAACUGUUCCAUAUUGUUGUGUUUUCUCUUCUGCUGUCUUAUUUUCCUGCCCCUUAUCAACGCUGGAUCUGCUGUAAGAAAGCCCAUGAACUACUUGCACUCCAUGGUUUACUCUUAAUAAUCACACCUGAUUCCUCUCACCAAAACCGUCAUGCCUAUAUGAUUAAGAGCUGGAAAAUUGCCAUAGAAUCACUGGGAUUCAAAAGAUAUAAAUAUGUGAAGUUCUCCCACAUGCACCUCUUGGCUUUUCGGAAAAUUUCCCUGCAGACAACAAGCGACCUGGUCAGCAGAAAUUACCCAGAAAUGCUGUUUAUACCACAGGAUUUCAACAAUGUGGAUGAAGAAGAAUGCUCAGAAACCAGUUGCCAAGAUCGCUCAGAAAGCGAAGACGACCAGCUAGCUUGUAGUUUUAUGGAGCUACCUGAUGCUCCAUAUGACUCUGACUCAGGAGAGAGCCAAGCAAGCUCCAUUCCAUUCCAUGAAAUGGAAGAUCCAGUUUUGCUUUUAAGCUAACCUAGAACUUGUGAUUAAUUUGCUACCAGAGCUGCUGUGUUGCCAAAAUAAUUCUGCAUUGCAUAACUCUCGUAUUAUAUACAGAACAUGCAGUACAGUUUGCACAUAGAACAUGUGAAGCGUUUACAAAGUGGGCUACUCUUUCACAUCUUUUAGAAAAAUGAAAGCAUGUGAGGGGUGUAUAAACAGAACAAACACUUUGACAUGUCAUUAAGAAGGCAACAAGUGUAAAUCACAAAGAAGCUUACUUCUUAAAUGAUAUGGUAAUGUAAAUGUCAGAUACUGCAAUAGAGUUUUGUCAGCUUUGUUAACUGGAAGUCAACCUAGCAAUCGUGAUGUAUUUUGAUGUUUCACAAGUGGCAAUGUCAUUUACAUUCACAACUGCAGCAUAAACAGCAAAAUGAUAAAUAUAGCAAUUGGGCUGAUGGUACCUAAAUCAAAGAGGGGAAAUCUACCAGAGUGAAUGGUUAGUGUUGUAUCAUUCUAGGAUUCUAACUUUUACUUGAGAGAUCACAUUGUUGUGCUCCAAUUCAGCUCACAUUACCAAGUUGCUUGCUGCCUGGGACGUUAUUUAAACUGUGUACCAAUUCUGGUGCAUUUGUUGUUUUUCCCCUUGUGUGUUGCUUUGGUAAAUUGGAAAGAAAAUGCAAACAAAAAUUUAAGAAGUUAAGCUUCUGCUGACUGCCUGUAGUUAGGCUAUAAUUCACACUACCUUUGUGUGUAAUUGUGCAGUUAGUCCCACAAAAUUCAAUGUUAAAUUAUCUUGACAAAUAAUUUUUUUUCUGUUCAGUUUUUGAACAAACUGGCAUUGGGUCUUGUUGAAAGGCAUAUGCUGUCUUGUCCUUGCGACCUUUGGCUGAUGACCUUACAAGAAGGAACAUCUGUGGCAUGGUCUGUAGUCGAUUAUAUGUUAGAAAUUUAUCAGAAGUAAAUUGAGAAAACAAGAAGAGUUUCUUUGCAUAAUUAUAUGCCACGAGGUGGUUACCUGUACAUAUUGCUAAUUAACAGCUUUUUCAUGUGUUAUUUUCUAGCACCUCAAACAGAGAAAUGUGUACAGAUUACCCACGUGUAGAUGGUGUUUGCCUGAAAAUAAAUAAUUUGCGUAAAUGUCAUCAAGAAAUAUUGCAAAAUAUGUGAUUUACUUCCUGAUUGUAAUUAUGCAUUUCUUUAUUUUGUGCCAUGUAAAUUAGCAGAUACAUAAACACCUUUUCCCUUCUACUGUGAGUUAAACCCUCUGUGCCUUUCUUGGUCCAGUGAAUAUCAUCAUCUGCUUCAGGGUUGUUUGUUUGUUUCUUUUUAAAUGCAAAUGAUAGACUAGGUUUAUGUUGGUGCUGUCAAUUCAGUUUGAGAAACUUACACUAAUUUGAUAUUGGAAUAAUUUCCCAGUUAUCCUUCUAUACUGUUCAAUUUUGUAUAUUUAAUAGUUUGCUUAAAAUUGAUAUAAUCUAUGAUGGUGGUCACUUGUAAAACAUUCCAUUCACUAAUGAUUCUUUGCAUGUGGAAAAAAAAGUUUGAAGUUUCCUCCUUAAUUCUUUGGAUGGUACUCUGAAUCUGUGUCCUCUUAGCAAUAGUUUUUCCACACUCUCAAAACUAAUAUUCUACCAUUUCUCCAAUUUCUGCUAUUAACCAGAUCUCUAAUCUGCUCAGUACUUAUGCUCAAAGGUCAUCACAAGGCAUCCUUCAGUAGAUAUUCCCAAAGUCAGCUGUGUUGCUUAGUUCCUUUUAAAUAGAUAACAUAAGGAGAUUGCAUGGUUAAGUAAAAUGCUCUGAAAGGGAAAUGGAUCCCUGACGCCAUUUAGUUUGCUAACCUACUUGCAGCACUCUAAAUUGAAGAACUUUCCAAAGACAGUUGCACUUUGUGGGAGUGAUUUAAGGAAAAUGCUUUCCCACAGUUGUUCCACGGCUUAAUUAAACUUUUUUAUUUGGAUUCCUCGGCACUUAUAACUAGCUAACCUUACCCCUUGACUCUUGAAAGACGCUUGCACUCUUUGAAUGCUUUUGAACUACAAAUGUUACAGUAGAAUCAUACUGCUGUGAUUAUAAUGUAAAUUUGGGCUGAGCCUGGUGUUUUGGUAUGUUCUUACACCAAAAUGAAGCAGAGUAAAUGCUCCUGAAAGGAUGAGAUCUCUGCAUUGCUAAACAUCUAAUUAAUAUCACAAAUUUAACACUGGAGCAGUCAAUUUAUUUACCAAAAACAGCAAUUUUCAGAAAAUGUUUCAUUCUAAAUGUUCUAAGUAUGUAAUUAUUAACUGCAGUAGCUUCAUAUUUUCUCUGCAAAUUAAUUACAAUUUUAUAGUGAGUUUUUCAUUUUGAUAUAUUCAUUGAAGAAUCUUUAAAAUUCUGAGCCAUUUUAAUAACACUAAUCAUCACAAAUUUUCAUUUGCCGUUAAUUUUUAUUUGUAUAUUGGAGUACUAUUUUAUUAUCUGUCUGCUUACCUUGCAAACCAAGUACCCAAAGCACUUCUUCCAUCUUUUUAACAAGUGCAUUGACAUAUGGGGGAAAAAAUAUACUGUAGUAUAUAGUGAAUGCUCAGACAAAACAUAUUUCAGUAUCAGUUAUUGAAUUACCAGAUCAUGAUUACUUUCAAUUACAAUAUUUAAUCAUUUAUGAUUUUCAUAACUCUCCAAUUUGGAUCAAUUGAACAUGAUUAUGUAUCUGUUAUCUUUUCUGACAUUUGAUUGUGACAAAAGGUUUGGAAACAGUUUCAAUAUAGUACCGAUUCAAAUGGAUUUGGUUAUUCAUAUGGAGUGUUGGUAAUUGUAGGUAACAAGUAUGUAAGUCACUGAUCAAACUUCUGGAUCCUACAGGAAUACAAAUAUUAAUCUUAAAAAUAUAAAUUCAAAAUAUUCUCAAAAACAAAUUUAAAUUUAAAAAGAACAGUUAAUAAAGACUGUGGUUUAAAAAUUGAUGUCUUUUUGAUUGUAAACUAAAACAGGUUCUUAAUUCACAUUUUUCACAAAAAUUGCACAAUUCUGUUACAUAUCAGUACCACAAUAAAUUUAUGCAAUGAAAGAUGAAAAUGUUAUUGGAAUGUGAAAAUAGAAACGAUUUGCUUAAUAUCCCAAAAAAUAUUAACAAGGUAUUCUGUUCAGCAGCCAAAGGUUAGCAGGUAAAAUGGCAUUUUGGAAAUGCCACUGUGUGGAAUUGUCUCAGUGAUGCAUUUUGUGAAGAGUUUACCUCAUAAUGAGGCUUUGCACUUAAACCUUGUGACCUGGGUUAAAACUGUUUUGCUUUUAAGUAAACUUCAGCUGAUACUUCAUUUUCUCUUUAAUUGUUUAAAUUUGUUAUUUCUAUUACACUAGCAUUAAAAAAUUUGCAUGUGUGAUGUGUUCAACAAUCUUUUUGUAUUGUUUUUCUACUUUUUAUUAUUAAACUCUGUGCUGUGAAUAUAGACCCACUGUAGGUGCCAAAGACUGGAGUGGCAUUGUGUUUGCUUGGGUUUCCAUUUUUGAAAGAUUAGGACCUCGCCAAACUGAAGUGUCAAUGGCCAUUAAUGCAUUUUCAGCUUUAGACCAAAAUUAUCUGUUUUAAAAACUACUCUCUAAAAUUUGUUUCGAAAAAACAUACAUUUUCAGAAAAUAAUACUUUGUAACCAUAAGCCCUGUAAAUUUUCAUUGUUCUUGAACCUUAUUUUACAGAAUCAGUUAACUUGUAAUUGGAAUUUGUUAUAGCCUGUUGUAGUUAAUCCUCAGAAUAGUGUUGGAACAUGAUGCUAAAUCUAUGCUUUCCAAAAAGUUAACAAUUUAAAACGACAGCAUUGAUCAAGGUGUCAGCUGGAUACAAAACGUUCAAGCUCAACUCCAGUUACCCAACAUUGGUUGUUAUACAAUACUUAAAGAAUAUAGCAAUUUAACUUCAGCCAUGGAAACCCUACUGAAAGCAUUAAUGCCUUGAGUGUAGAUUAGCUGAAUGGUAUAUUUGGUACUAAAAUAUUUCAAAUCAUUUUCUUAUCAUAUUUUGGCUUACAUGAUCUGAUGCUACCUUUCUUGAUUAUUUGUAUCAGCUCCACUAAAAUGAAUGUGACUUUUUCUACUCUGUAAAUUUCAUUUUUCAGACUGGAAUUGCGUAAUUAUUCUCAUUAACAGUCACUUAAUGUUAAAAUGCAUUGUGACAUAACUACAGUUUGAGUGUCAGCUGUGUAGUUGCUAGGGCAAUAAACUGAAAUUUACACCU